GCGGGACAGGAGUGGGGACAGCAGCACAGUGGACACAGAGUGGAUAAAGUGUGGACAUAUUGUGGACAGGAGCAGAGUGGACACAGUGUGAACAUCAGCGCGGAGUGGACACUGUGGACAGGAGCGUCAUGGCUGUAGAUGCUGCUUCCAGUUUCAGUUUCUGUCGUCCGGCGGUGGAGUACAGGGCGCUGCCGGAGGACUUCAAACAGCUGCUGAAUCGUCGCACGGGCGGAAACCUCACCUGGCACAACGGGCGGGGCAAAGCGGCGAACAGGCCGGUGAAGCUCCUGCAGCAGCCCGGCACCGAGGCCCGCCAGUACCACACCAGUGAUAAUUAUGGGAUCUACAACACCAGCCCGACGCAGCCCAGCCUCAUGCGGCCUGUGGUGCUUUGGACGCAGCAGGACGUGUGUAAAUGGCUGAAGAAACACUGUCCACACAACUACCUGACCUACGUGGAGGCCUUCUCCCAGCACGCCAUCACAGGCCGCGCUCUGCUGCGUCUGAACGGGGAGAAGCUGCAGAGGAUGGGGCUGGUGCAGGAGACGCUGAGGCAGGAGCUGCUGCAGCAGGUUCUCCAGCUGCAGGUCCAGGAGGAGGGACGCAACCUCAGACUCCUCAGCACAACUUCUUUCGGAAACAUAUCGUAGCGUUUGGGAGACCGGCGCCAUCCGCUACUUCAACAGUUGAUAUUUUACGAC